GGGUUUUGCAAAAGCUACAAAUAAUUUUGGGUAGUGGCUUUGAGUAACAUCGUAACCUUACGACGCGCGAGUAAUACAGGUUGUUGCAUGUUAUUAAUAAUAUACCGGGGUUUUUGAAAUAAUAGAUAUUUCAUCACUGCCUAUUUAUUGUAUAGAUUAGUGUCAGUGAUAAUCGUGUUAGUGCUAGUUGUUUGCUUGUGCCGGUUUGUUGUUGUAUCUUCAUUAAGAAAAAGUUAAACUGACAAUGGGAAACGUUCAUACUUGUGGUCCAAACGAAGCUCUCGUUGUAUCAGGGGGAUGUUGCGGGUCCAUGAAGAAGAGGACCAUCGUAGGUGGUUACGCGUUCACGUGGUGGUUCGUGACCGACGUCCAACGGUUAUCUCUCGAGGUGAUGACACUGAAUCCUGUGUGUGAAAGCGUGGAAACCGCGCAGGGAGUACCAUUGACCGUCACAGGAGUAGCACAGUGCAAGAUCAUGAAGGCUGAUGAACUCCUCCACACUGCCAGCGAACAAUUUUUAGGAAAAAGCGUUUACGAAAUCAAAUCGACAAUCCUUUCUACCCUCGAGGGUCAUCUUCGUGCGAUAUUAGGCACGUUAUCGGUAGAGGAGGUGUACAAAGAUCGGGAUCAAUUCGCGACACUGGUGAGAGAAGUAGCGGCGCCAGAUGUUGGUCGCAUGGGGAUCGAAAUUUUAUCGUUCACGAUAAAAGACGUAUACGACGACGUUCAAUACUUGGCUUCACUUGGCAAGGCAACUGCGGCUGUCAAACGGGACGCCGAUGUCGGCGUCGCCGAGGCGAAUCGCGAUGCUGGCAUUCGGGAGGCAGAAUGUGAAAAAGCAGCGAUGGAUAUAAAAUAUAAUACCGACACAAAGAUCGAAGACAAUGCCAGACUCUUUCAACUGCAGAAAGCGAAUUUCGAUCAGGAAGUGAACACGGCGAAGGCAGAGGCACAGUUGGCUUACGAACUUCAAGCGGCAAAGAUAAGGCAACGAAUACGAAACGAGGAGAUUCAAAUAGAGGUAGUGGAGAGGCGUAAACAGAUCGAAGUUGAGGAACAAGAAGUACGUCGAAAGGAACACGAGCUUCAGAGCACCGUGAGAUUACCCGCGGAGGCUGAACAUUAUAAAAUUGGCAAAGUAGCCGAAGGAAAGAGAACACAGACCGUGAACGCGGCUAUAGCUGAAGCUGAGAGGAUUCGAUUGAUCGGAACAGCCGAAGCUCAAGCAUUAGAAGCGAUUGGAGUAUCAGAGGCUCAACGUAUGCAGAUGAAAGCCGCUGUCUACAAGAAGUACGGUGGAGCUGCUAUUCUAAAUAUUGCACUCAAUGCUUUGCCAAAGAUUGCAGCAGAAGUGGCCGCACCACUAGCGAGAACAGAGGAAAUCGUUCUUCUUGGCGGAAAUGACGCGACUAGCGGAGAAAUUACACGCCUUGUGGGGCAAGUACCUCCAGCUGUUCAAGCACUGACCGGUGUAGAUAUUUCAAAAGUGUUAGGCAAGAUACCAGGAGCAAAGUAAUGACG